AUGGCGGAACUACGUGUUUGCCGGUUCCUCGUGAUCCUUGCUCUUCUGACGGUCGUCUUGGUGCUCGGGCAGAAUCCCGUCGAGGAGAAGACCACCUUCGAGGCCGCUUUUCAAGGACGAUGCGGGCACGGAUCGCCUUGCGAGCAGCUCUGUUACGAUCUUCACGACGGGAUGUACGAGUGUGACUGCCGGGACGGCUAUAUUCUUCAUAAAAAUGGAUACAGUUGCGCCGAGCUAAACUCCACGUCCUCCUCGACCAGAGAGCUCGGCGAGCUUGUCGAGGAUAUCGAGAACGACGAAUUAAACAAGGACACGGACGAGGAUGAGGACGCGGUCGAAGACAUCCUUUAUAUGCGCGGCGCGUCUUUUACGAUACACUUGGACCCGCCGCCCGAGAACACUACUGUGAAUUCAACGAAGAUUAACGACGAGACCGACGCCCCUCUCGAUCGAGUCGAGUUACGAGCUACGUCCCAGGGCCCGAAUUUAGAGCAGAAGCUCCCGUCAACGAUGGAAAGUAUCGUCAGCACGGAGCCAGCUUGCUCGUUGGACUGCGGGCCGGCUGGAAAUUGUUACAUCGAGCAGUCACGGGGCGACGACGUCGUCGAGCUGGUGGACGACGAAGUCGACGACGAGGCAACCGACAACGGGGACGACGACGACGAGGCCUCGAUGGCGAUGGAUCUCGAAGGGAACGACGUCGCCCCGAGACGGAGGCAAGGGUCCUUCAGGCAGCGAUGUCAAUGCCCCCUUGGCAGAGGCGGCGAUCGAUGUCAGCUAGAGGCCGAAGUCAGGUCGCCCCGUUUCACCGGCUCCGGUUGGCUGGCGUUCCCCGCCCUGAAGGCUGCCUACAAGCACGUCCAAUUAGAACUGGAAUUCCGUCCGGAGGCGUGGGACGGUAUCCUUCUUCUCGCUGGAGAGAGGGAUGAUCUUCAGGGUGACUUCAUGGCCUUGAUACUGCAUCACGGCUUCAUCGAAUUUAGGUUCGAUUGUGGCAGCGGAGUCGGCACCGUCAGAAGCACCCAAACAGUCAGGCUGAACGAAUGGAAUACGUUGACUGUCUACAGGCACCGAUGGGAUGCUUGGAUUCAGUUAAAUCAAGAGAAACGCGUAGAGGGCAGAUCGAAGGGCUUGUUUGCAAGGAUUACCUUCCGUGAGCCGCUCUUCGUCGGCGGGCCCGGAAACACAACCGGCCUCGAGCGACUUCCGGUGAGGACCGGAUUUAAGGGAUGUGUCCGGCAUCUGGAAGCCAAUGAACACCACUAUCGUUUCCCCCUAGCGCCGCAGGGGGACGCGACGAACGGUUUCGACGUCGAGGAAUGCACUGCGGACAGGUGCAGCAAGGUUCCAUGUUCCCACGGAGGGAAAUGCCUGACUACUGGCGGCGACACGGCCGUUUGCCUUUGCCCCCUCGGAUACACCGGUGACCUGUGCGAGACACGAGUAGAUCUGCAGGUGCCAUCGUUCAACGGAUCCUCUUAUCUUCGCUACCCCGGUCUGGCGGACACCUCGCUAUCUUGGCUGGAAUUGGCUGUCACGUUGAAACCGACCGCGGCGGACGGCGUUAUACUUUACAACGGCCACCAUAGCGAUGCUACGGGGGACUUCGUCGCGUUGUACCUGUCCUCGGGACACGUUCAGUUCACCUUCGACCUCGGAACAGGUCCAGCGACAUUGAGAAGCGAGAAUCCGGUACGCCUUGGCGAAUGGGUCGAGGUACGGGUGUCGAGGACCGGACGUUUGGCGUCCCUCGAGGUCGAGGACGAUCCUCCGCAGGAAAUCCUGGCGCCGGGAGCUUUCACGCAGCUGUCUCUGCCGCUAAAUCUUUACCUAGGCGGCGCGCCCUCGACGGACAUGUACUCGCCAAAGAUGAAGACGACGGCGAGCUUUGUCGGUUGCAUUCAGACCGUCAUUAUGAACCGUCGAGAGAUAGGAAUUCUCGCCGAGGCACUCGGCGGAGUGAACGUCGGGAACUGCGGGCACGCGUGCGAAGCGAGGCCCUGCGGAGACGCGGAAUGCCGUCCACUCCGCGACCGUUUCACCUGUCGCUGUCGACCCGGGAUGCCUCAUCCCUGUCCAGCCCCGGAUGACAAUACAAUCCUCGGCUCAUCCCCGGUGAAAUCGAGCGUUGGCACGCGUUACGAACGAUCCGUGCCGAGCUUUUCCGGCAGCGAGAGCUACCUUCAUUACAACGACGCGGACACGAUGAAAAGGAUAAUCAGCUACAGGGUAGACAUCAAUAUGAGAUUUCGUGCGAGCAGCAAUAGCGGUCUGCUGCUGUGGAGCGGUCGACAGGCGGAUCCACAGGAACAAAGAGACGAGAACGAUGAUUUUCUCGCCCUCGGCUUGGAUCGCGGUUACCUGACAUUAGCGUAUAAUCUUGGCUCCGGCGAGGCAGUUCUACGGUACAAUCUAACGAGACUGGACGAUGACCUAUGGCAUCGUGUUCGGGCAGUUAGGAACGAACAGUGGGCGUCGUUGGUCGUCGACAGCGGGGCCGGAGUCUCAGCCUCCUCGCCGGGACAGCUGAGACAGCUGAACACUGACACCGGUCUUUACGUUGGCGGUGCACCAGACAUCGUGAGGACGACGGGUGGCACGUACACGAAGGGUAUCGUCGGUUGCAUCAGCGAUCUGGUUCUCGACUCGGACUUCUCCGUGGCGCUGUCGUCACCCGCGCAGGCCACCAACACGCACUCGUGCAUCCCCUGAAAGACACCAGUACCGUCCGACAUUAGGUGGUCAGGCCCGUUUGGGCGGGUCGUUGCUAGGAUAUAAAAAUACAGCACGAUGAAUCGCUCUGGCGUAGCCAGGGCGAGAGCCCGUCGACGAGCAACGUUCAAGGUGAACAGCGCGCGCCCGGUCAUCGCCUUGAACACGCUAAUCCGACGUUUGUGACGGCGUGCGAUUCAUUAUUACCGAUCAUCCACCCUUUUUGUACAGACUCAUC